AGGGAGUGUGAUUGACCUUUUGGUGUGUUGAAAGUAUUGAUUCAGCUUAUGUUAUUGCAUGUCCACUUCUCUUUCAACAUGACGAAACGACAGUCGUUAUGGUAGUAGGAUAAGUGGAAGUGGAUAAACCUUGUUUGAUGGCCUCGUGUAGAUGAUAUCAUAGCUGUAAGAAAAGAACAUGCGCGUGGGGUGCCUCUACCCUUAGAGGACGCUCGAACAGUGCUCUUCGCGCGGCCUGGGAAGGGACGGCGUCAUCUGCCAAAUUACAAAACGUUAGCAGUAGCGACACAUCAGAAACUAAUCCCUAGCGACACUUCCUGAAAAGCGACCACGACGCGCCAAGUAGUUCUACUUCGUUUCACCCAGAAAAGAAACCACUGUAGAUCAAUCGUUGUACUAGCAACUACUACAACUUUCGCCGAGUAACUUCACAAACAAAAGCCAGUACAUCACAACUCCUUCUAGAUCUUCCAGCACAUCACGUUAUAUUAUACGAUGGAUAAGACGCAAGGUGGUCAAGAUUCUGACGCAGACGAUGAUCCUCGCAUGAGCGUACGAAUCAAGCUCGAAAAAGCGCUCUCUUAUGAGGCAAACGAACCGGAGGCGAAACUGCUUGUACAACUUCUCGUGCUACAAUUUCACUUUCCACCAGUUCUAGAAGAAUUAUGUUUUUGCUGGACCACAAGAACACAGACUGUUGAGCCGCGUGUAGUUUCUCGGUGAGAAGCACUGAGCUUGGUGCAAUUUGAACUCACAGCCUGAGACUAAUGGUCUCUGGCUGGUUUGACUUUGAUCCCUGUGGGUUUUCAUUGGGGUUGCAUUGGGAUGCCACGAUGGGGGGAGUUUCAUGCGCUUCAUAUGGAUACGCUUCGAGCUUAUCAAUAUUAACUUUGCACGAUCAACCUACACCAGUACUUAUCUGGAUCUGACUGACCUUAGAUAGGCGGACAUGCAUCAGAUCACAUCCUGCGAGACCUAGCACGAGACCGAGAGUACCCCGCGACGGUUCUUGAUGCACUUUGAACUGGUCAGAACUGACAGGACGGCACGGACCUGGUUACAGCUAUGGACAUUCGUUAGCUCUGCUACGUGAAUACGUUGAAGGCCCUUCGUCUGUUGAUCGUCGACCUUGGAACCAUAUGCGUUGAGGUCUGUUAGUUUCCUUGAGAUCUUUCCGGUGGUGCUUUGUCCUUGACAUUGACUGUUCUGAGAGACUUGAAACAACAAACGAGAGAGAGAAGGGAGAAGCCGCCGACACCCGCGCCAACUAAGGCCAACGCGUUGAAAAUGGUGCCGGUGGGUACCUUGUUCGCCUGGCGAUCUUGGUCAUUUCGUUGAUCUUUAUCCUUUGGAUCUUGGUGGAUCUUUGUGGCAUUUCCAGGAUUCAGAUCAUGACCAACAGUUUUGCAUUAUUUUUAUAACAACAUCAUCUUCAGGAUCAUCGCAGUCAUAUCAGAACCUCAAAUCCUCUUACAACAGGAAGGAAAAGAGAAGCAGCUAAAGACAGCGAAGCAGCUCGCGAGCGAAAUUGAGGAGGUGCUGUAUAACAAAUUGAAGGAGAAGCGGGAUUAUGCGCACCAGAGUCGAUCCAUCCUAACGAAUUUGCGAGAUGCAGAAAAUAGGGAUUUUAAGCGCAGCGUCCGCGUGGGAUUUUUUCAACCAGAACAAAUGGCGACGCUGACAACAAAUGACAUGGCCAGUGAUGAGAAGAGAGUAGACACCAUGGAAGGAAUCGAGCUAUACUACGAUAAGAAGCGACCGGAGGUACUGAAAUUUAACAAAGUUUUGGCACGCUUCUUCUUCGCUAUCAAUUGUCCUCUCAUUGUUUCACAGAUUGGCGUUAAUCUUGAGUUCAUUUUCAACAGAGUAAGAAAGGCAAGGAACUACAACACCUACCUCGCCAACCACCUCCGUUUACAGAAAAGUUCCACGUUUGCAUGCGGAAAGUGUGGCAGUAAGCACUUGACGUAUUAUCAGCUUCAGACGCACUCUUCCGAUGAACCGAUGACAACAUUUGUUACCUGUAUGACAUGCAAUAAUCGAUGUAAAUUCAGCGAAAUGUUAUGA